AAGCCACUUCAAGCGAUCAUACCACAUGUGGCUGGCCAACCAGACCCUGGGUGGUGACUUUUUCCUGUUGGGAAUCUUUAGCCGGAUCUCACACCCUGGCCUCCUCUGCUUGCUUAUCUUCAGUAUAUUUUUGAUGGCUGUGACUUGGAAUAUUACAUUGAUACUUCUGAUCCACAUUGACUCCUCUCUGCAUACUCCCAUGUACUUCUUUAUAAACCAGCUCUCCCUCAUAGACUUGACAUAUAUUUCUGUCACUGUCCCCAAAAUGCUGGUGAACCAGCUGGCCAAAGAGAAGACCAUCUCGGUCCUUGGGUGUGGGACUCAGAUGUACUUCUACCUGCAGUUGGGAGGUGCAGAGUACUGCCUUCUAGCUGCCAUGGCCUAUGACCGCUACGUGGCCAUCUGUCAUCCUCUCCGUUACUCUGUGCUCAUGAGCCAGAGGGUAUGUCUCCUCCUGGCAUCAGGUUGCUGGUUCGUGGGCUCAGUGGAUGGCUUCAUGUUCACUCCCAUCACCAUGACCUUCCCCUUCUGCAGAUCCCAUGAGAUUCACCACUUCUUCUGUGAAGUCCCUGCUGUUUUGAAGCUCUCUUGCUCAGACACCUCACUUUACAAGAUUUUCAUGUACUUGUGCUGUGUCAUCAUGCUCUUGAUCCCUGUGACAGUCAUUACAGUGUCUUACUACUUUAUCAUCCUCACCAUCCAUAAGAUGAACUCAGCUGAGGGUCGGAAGAAGGCCUUCACCACCUGCUCCUCCCACAUGACAGUGGUCAGCCUCUUCUAUGGAGCUGCUAUUUACAACUACAUGCUCCCCAGCUCCCACCACACCCCGGAGAAAGAUAUGAUGGUGUCCUUUUUCUACACUAUCCUUACACCUGUGUUGAACCCUAUCAUUUACAGUUUCAGGAAUAAGGAUGUCACAGGGGCUUUGAAAAAAAUGCUAAGAAUGCAGAAAGCUCCAUAUUAAAGUGUGAAAGAACUUAAGUUGGUCCUCUCUUCUUAGGGUCUCUCUCUUCACUUUAGGUGUCCUUCCUAUAAAACAA